CUCAGACGGAACGUUCUUAAAGUGGAAAGGUGGUUUCAGCCUUUCUGUUAUUCUUUCAGCCCAUAUGAAGCCCUCCUGUGACUCUGAUAUCGAAGAAGAUCUGGAAACGUAUCUGAAAGGUUUAAGGGAAAGGGCCAACAUGAGCAUCCAGAAACUGAAAUGUACUCUGGAGGGAAAACUUCAGGGAGAAUCCUCUGAACCAUCUGCAGUGGAUGGACCUGAUACUGUCCAGGGAAACUCUGCAAAUCCCUCAGAGAAAGGGGAGUGUCACAGUGAAAUGGCAUGGCAGGAGUUACAACGUAGUCAUGCAGUGAACGAGCUCAGGGCCCUGUUGCAACAACAAGAAAUUAGAGAAAGGACAUGUUCAACGUCUCCAGCCAGGACAAGUCGUAUGAGACCAGAAGAAGAUUCCGAUCACUCACCGUCUGUUCAAGAUCUGGUACGUAUUCUUAACAACCGAUCAGAAUACAUCCGGCAUUUGGAGGCAGAGGUCAAACUUUUCAAGGAGGAGUUUACACAAGUGAAGCAACGGGUACAGGUUGUUGUGGUUGAAAAUGAAAAGCUACAGGAAGAACUAAAAUCAAGAGCAACUUGCAAUGCUGUGAAUGAAGCACCAGUGUGCUCUUUUCCACAACAUUCAAAAAGUGCAUGUCCAGGAGAUCAAAUCCCCACCAGAUCACCCAAGGUAUAUCAGACUUCUUCACCAUUGAAUCAACAGGAUCAGCCGUGUUCAACUCUGCCGCAACAUGAGUACAGUACGAUUGCAGAAGAAAUCAAGAAGUGGCAACGAGAAGUAGAAAAUCUAGAGAGUCUGUACGAAGGGAAGACAGCAACUCUGGAGGUACAAGUUUCAUUAUUAAGGAAAGAUCUAUUGGAAUCUCAAAAGCAAUGUCAAGAGUUCAUUGAACGAUUAAAACACCAGGAGCUGCUGCUUGCUGCAAACAGUGCAGAUCGUGUUGGGGGCUUGUGUUUGAAAUGUGCCCAGCAUGAGGCAGUUAUGGCCCGGACUCAUAGCGACGUACACAUGCAGACUAUAGACUCGUUGAAAAAGGAAAGAGAUGAACUGAUGUGCAUGCUGUCAAAUAUGCGAAGCUCUCUUUCUGAAAUGCAGGCCAGGGAAAAUUCUGCAUAUCAGCAGGUGAAACGGUCUACAGAGAUAGCAGAAGAAGCUAAUUUGGAGAAAAUACAGGCUGUGGUCCACUGUGAGCAGCUGAAGAGCGAGCUGAUGCGCCAGAAAGAGGGGCUAGAAAGGGAACUAGCUUACCAGCAAGAAAAAAUCGCAAUUGCCAAGAAAGUUGUACAGGAAGAAAUGAGGAAAGAGAGAGAAGAGUUGGCAUCAAAGGUGAGCUGUUUGUCAGAGAAUGUUGCACGUCUUGAAGGUCAGUUACAGAAGCUGAUAAGAGAGAAGGAUUCAGCAUGCAGCCAAUUGGAAGCAACUCGGAAGCAACUAAAACAAACCGAGAUGGAAGUUAAUAAGGAAUCUGGUGAAUUGCGAUAUCAAUUGAAUCAGGUCAAAAUGAAGAAAGAGGAGGCCGAGAAGGAAUUCAGAGAGCACAGAAUGAAAAUGUCUCGAGAAUUAGAACUCCAAGGACAGGAGCAACACAAACUUGAGCUGGAAAUUAAUGAAACUAAGUGUCAUUUGGAGCGUGUCCAGCAGGAUGCAGCAAAAACGAAGGAUGAAUGUCUAAAGCUGAUGGAACUACUGAGCAAAGCCGAGCACCAACUGCACCUCACCAGGAUGGAAAAGGAUAGUCUCCUCCGUAGUCACAGUGAUGAUGUCAAGUCCCUGGCCUUUCAAUCUAAACACCGUGAGCAAGAGCUUACAGAAAAGAUACAGCAAAUGGAGGCCCAGCAUGAUAAAACUGUUAAUGAACUGGAGACACUACUCAGAUCUCAGAGUACACUCACAAACAAGUUGAAAACAGAAUGUCACACUUUAAGCCAAAAACUACAAAAGAUCACAGAAAAAAACAGAGCAGAGGUUGGACAACUUUGCCAGGAGAAAGAAUACUUGCAGGAAAGGCUGGAGAAACUGCAAGCAAGAAAUGAUGAAAUGGAAAAGCAGUGUGUCCAGCACGGAACAAUGCACGAAAGAAUGAAACAGAGGCUCCAGCAGUUGGACCAGCACAGUCAGGCCAGUGCACAGCAAGUGAUGGAAUUGCUGCAGAGGCAGAACGAGCUGAUGAGGGAAAGACAGAUCCUACUGGAAAAGUUACAGUGCCUUCAGUCGUCAGGAAAUGUCACAGACAAACCUCCUGUUCUGUCGUAACACCAGAGAACCCACGAAUAUUCAACUUGGAUGUCAGUCUGAAAGAGAAAUAGAAUUUUUACUUUAUAAAAUUCUGUACAUAUUUUGAUAUAAAAUGUUUUUAACAAAGUUUAUGUUCAUUUAUUUUAACUGCAUCCUUGCCAUCAGGUGAGGAAGGAAUAAUUUACUAUUUACCACCACUGCUUUGAGGAUCACGACAAUAUUGUCGUGAUCCCCAUGUACAAAUGUUUUCAGUUGUAAAUUAAUAAGUAUGCUCUUAUUUUGUCACCUUAUUUCAGAUUGUUUCCCAAAGUGAUAUAUACAACCUGGUAAAGAGUCUUGAUGCCUCUCUGCCUCAUUUUAGCUGGCAACAGUAUAUUUUAAAUGGAGUCUGUUUUGCUGUGAGCACAGCAGCAAAUGUCAGCGUUGCAAAGAUGGCAGCAGAGUUGCACUCAUAAUACUCACCUUAUAUCUUUACCAGUUGUGUGACAUUUAACCUGACUUUCAUGGACAACCUGAUGACCAUGAAGCUUCACUCUUUUGAUUCUGUUCUGGAGAUAUUUGUGUAAAACCAUUCUCCUGUAAGUUAUUUCAUUUAUCUUAAUUUAUUCCAUAUUUAAUUGAAGCAGUUAAUGUGAACCUUCAGAUGCUGUCAAUUCAAACUGUGCGUAAAGUGAUAACUAUUUUGAUGUUUACAUUAAAAUUUAUUUUCCUACAAGCACAAGGAAUGUGUUACAUUCCUGUGUAGUGCCUGAUGCAAAAUGUGUACCAAUGUGGAAUAUUUUAACACUUUUAGUUUUGUGUUUCCAGUGGGAAUAUGUCCUGUGAAAUAGAGCA